GAAAAACAGUUAAAUAGAAAUUUAAUGUUAAAAUUAGCACUAUGUAAUAUGUGUUACAUAGAUGAAUACAUAUGCGUAUUUAGAGAAUAUUAUUAUAAAGGAACAUACAAUGCAGAAGAUGCAAAAGAGAUAAGAAAAUUAUAUUUUACAAAAUUACCAGAACCAUUUAGUUCUAAAAUAAUAAAAGAUUGGAAUGAAGCAGGAUUACAAGAUACACUAGGAGCGAGAAUGAGAUAUUUACAGAAAUGGUACUCAGAAAUAUGUGAAAAAUAUAGAGAAGAAAUGAAAAUGGAAAAAACAAUAAUUAGAAAUUUAGCAUGCUGUAAAGAUAAGAUAGCACCCCAAUUUGGAUGCAAUGAUAAUUAUUAUAAAAAGAAAUACAGGAAACCAGGACAGUAUAAAAAAUAUAAAUCCCAGUAUAAAUAUAAAAGACCAAGAAGGAGAUAUUAUGUAAAAAAUACUAAAGCAAAAAGACCUUUUAGACCAAAAAGAAAAAUAUCAGAAUGUACAUGUUAUAAUUGUGGAAAACUAGGACAUUUAGCUAAAGAUUGUAAAUUACCAAAAAAUCCAAAACAAAAACAAGUAUCAGAAAUAAUAAUUAAUGAAGAGAUAUAUACACAAAUAGAUUAUAUAUACUACGAAUUAGAAAGCGAUGAUAGCAUAUACGAACUUGAAAAUGAACAGUCUGAAAUUGAAGAAGAA